AAUUUCUUUGGGAAACAAAAAUAAAUGCCAAUACAAAAAGGAAUAUAGGAAAUGGAGAAUGUGAGUCCAACUAGAAAAUUACAAACACUUUACCUACGGAAUAAUUGUGUAUCCACUAAUGGACCCAAAAGCAACAACUACUAUACUAUACUACUCUUUUCUCAUUUUUAUCAAUCAUUUUCACAUACGCGUAUUUAUUAUUUAUAUAUGAAUAAUUCAUGUUGUUUUUUUCUUAGCCGUUCCCUUCAACCCCUAUUAACGUGUCCCAUCCAAAUUCCACAAACCCAAAAAGAAAAUAUAACCAAUGAGCUAUGCUUCCGUUCGCCAACUACUACAUUUCAACACCAAUUAUGUCCGAGAAGAAAAACAUCAUCAGAACCAUUAGCAACAGAAGAAAGAAGAGAUGGUCACAUACACUCUUCACCGGAGGGGGAGGUGGAGGAGGAGGAGGAGGAGAUGAUGAGCUGGCGACGGUGAAAGCUGCUGCGUGGGCUUGGUACCAAAGACACGAAGGCAAACCGAUGAUGAGAGAGUUUGAUCUCACUACAAAAGCCAAAAGAACACCUCGACCUUCACGGUACAAGCUCGAGGCCAACAAGAACAAGAUCCUCUCCGAGAAAAGGGUUUCUAAACCACACACUAAUCAUUUAUCGCGUGGAGAUCAAGAAACCAAGUUCUCUAGUCUUCUUGACCCUUAUGAGAUUAAGAGUAUCUCUAAAAGGAUCGAUGAGGGUUCUUUACCUGCCAAUCGGGGUAAUGGACUCCGGCAUGAUCAUGUUAUAUUGGAGAAGAAGUUUGAAUAUGAUAGUAAGAAGGAGAAUGGGUUGGUAAAUAAAGUGAGCAUUCGAAAUUUGUGGAAAGGAAUGAAUCUGAUGGCUCCGAGGACGGUUUGUGGCAGAAGUAAUGAUGUGGAUCUUAGUGCUUAUCGGGCUGUCCCAAGAACAGAAAAGGUUGUACGGAGGACGAGUGUCAAUACGCGAACCAUCGGUAGCUAACUCCAUAGUCUCUAGUUAUUGAGGAGCUAAACUAUGUGUUUGGACAUUAUUAAUGCUAAAGGGACUUCUUUUUCUAUAACAUUUAAGGAUUUUAACAAGUUUGUGUAUCUUUUUAAAAAUUUAUUGCUCAUUCUAACGAAAUGUGGAAUUGUAGUUAUGCAAUACUUAUAAUCUUUUGAAAUAUUGUUCAAUUUAAUUUCUUUUCUUUUUUU